CAAUAGCAGACUUGCAAUGAUAAUAAUGAAUUAUCACGAAUUAAGAUAUCUCCAUUUAUUUUCAAUAGAAUUAAAUCAUCGCAUAUUAAAAUUUGAAAUAAAUAAUUUAAAAUGGGCCUAGACAAUGAGAAUCCAACUUUAUUCGACAAAAGCGAAGAACGUAAAGUGAGCGAAAAAGAUUUGGAUGACAACGAAACUGAAGAGUUUGAUUCGCGUGAAAUAUUCGGUAAAUAAAUAAUUUUUAAUUAUAUAAAAAUAUGCAUCUAUCACUAAAAUAAUCUAUAUACUUGUCUAUUUAAAAUGGCAGAUUUGAUUAGGGGAAUCACCGAUCCUGAGCAUCCACUUUCACUUGAAGAAUUAAGAGUAGUUGAUCAAAAUUUAAUUGAGGUAGGUACCUUCAUUAUAAAUACAUAAAUGUAUAACAUUCUACCAUAAAAUAUUGUUAAUAUCGUGUUUUACAUUUGAUACCUACUAGAAAUUUGUUAGAUCCUUAUAAUGACUAAUUUUAGCAAAUUUUUUAUGUCUAUUAUGGACUAAAAAUAAUUAGUCUUAGGAGGUACUUUAAAAAAAAAAAAACACUUAUUUUAGGUUUUUGAGGACUGCUAAAUUGUUUAUUGUAUGACAAUCUACUAUAGGAGAUAUUGCUUUGACGUACAUAAAUUAUAUUCAACCAGUGAAACAUCACUUAUUUAUCAUCAUUCAUCAGAAUGAAAACUUCACCAAUUUUUUUAAAAUGUCAUAACAAAUUGAAAUCAAAUUAAAUUUAAAAAUCUUUUAAUGUAAUAUAUAUGACUAAACUAUAUUUUAUUAAAUUAAGUGUUUUUUGAUUUUUACAGGUUGAUGAUAAUGCUAAUAUCAUUAAAGUCUUAUUCACACCAACAAUUCCUCAUUGUAGUAUGGCUACAUUAAUUGGAUUAUCUAUCAAAGUUAGACUUUUAUGGUGUCUACCACCUCGUUUUAAAAUAUCUGUUACCAUAACACCUGGUACACAUGCAUCCGAACACGCCAUAAAUAAACAGUUAGAUGACAAAGAAAGAGUGGCUGCUGCUUUAGAGAAUACACAUUUAUCAUCAGUUUUAAAUAAAUGCAUUGCUACAGCGUAGACAUCCAACAUUUUGAUCAUAAAAUUGUAUAAUAUCCAUAACAUGUAUAUAGUCUUAACACAUCUUUUAUAUUACAAAAAUAAACAUCAAAUAAAUACUACUAUAGUUUAUAUUAAACUUCCUUUUUCAACCCUCCUGUCACUUUUGGAUUGUAUUUAAAUGUCUUAACUGGCGCUGCUCGGCCAGCCUGUAUGAACUUCAUGUGAUCUAAACGUUCCCUUUCUUCAAUUUCUUUGACAACUUGCAUAUUUUUCCAUGCUAAAGAAAAAAUAAAUACAAUUUGUAAUCAAAUCACAUUUAAACAGGAAACGACAGUGCUGUUAAUUGAUUUUUUUAUCAUACAAACUGGGAUUAUAGAAAAAUCCUUUCUCUAUAUUCACUUUAUACUAACAGGUUUAGGUUUAAAUUAUAAAUUUGAAAGAGAAAAAUAUU